AUGGAACAAGACGAAAAUGUCCAUGAUAAUGGGGCACCCGUCCUAAAAGAGGAUGAGGUUGCUGACGCAUCAAUAGAGUCAGAGUUCUCGUUUGAUAACAAAUCCAAUGAUUUUUCCGACUUGCUAGAGUCACGUUUUUUCCAACGCAAUGUAAAGACAGAGUCAAUUGAAGACGAAGCCAAAUACAAACCAGUGAAAGAUAACGACACCUUGAAUUUAAAAUUGGAGGAUAUUAAUUUAAAAGACAAACCAAUAGAUCCAUUGAAUAAGGGUAAAAACAAAGACGAGGAGAGUGAAAAUGUAAUUUUAAAUGCUGAAGAUGUAGAGGCUUUAAGUAAUAGAUUAGGUGGACUGGGAAUGCAUAAAAAAGGACUCCAGGGUUUAGAUAAAGAGGAAGUCAAUAAAAUGAUAUACGAAACAUCAAAAGGAUCAAAGUUUUUCAAAAAUGAAGCUAUCAAAGAUGCGGCUGUCACGGCAAGAAUCAAAAAGAUAUUAGAGAAUUAUAACAUUGUAAAGAAACUCGACCUAUCAUCAGAAUCCGCGAUUGUAAAAGCCAAGCUCAAAGAAUUAGAAAAUAUCAGAGACUUCACACAAACGAUCGUCCACAUUGACAUGGAUGCAUUCUACGCAUCGAUUGAAGAGCGUGAUAAUCCCGAACUUCGUACAAAGCCGAUGGCCGUUGGAGAUGAGAUGAUGUUAGCCACCGCGAAUUACGAGGCACGUAAAUACGGUGUGCGGUCUGCUUUACCAGGAUAUAUCGCAAGAAGGCUGUGCCCGCAAUUGAUUAUUGUUCCUGCUUCCGGAGAAAAGUAUGGAUUGGUGACAAGUCAAAUACAAGAAAUCUUUUCGCAUUAUGAUUCCACUUUUAAUAUGACGAGUAUGGACGAGGCAUAUUUGAAUAUCACAAAAUAUUUGAGUAAAGCUGAGCAGACGCCCGACGAAGUUGUACAAGAAAUACGUCAAGAGAUUUCAAAGAAAACUGGAGGAUUAACAGCGAGUGCGGGAAUCGCUUGUAAUAUGUUGUUAGCAAAGAUAUGUUCUGAUCUUAAUAAACCCAAUGGACAAUAUAAACUUGAAAACGACCGUCAAUCGGUUAUGGAGCUCAUGAAAGAUUUAAAUAUACGUAAAAUUCCCGGUAUUGGACGAGUAACGGAAAGGAUAUUGAAUGCACUUGAUAUAAACACUUGUGGCGAUUUGCAGGGUAAACUUGUGAUAAUCCAUCAAGUAUUCACUUACACUUUCUUCAACUUUGUUGCUCGUGCUGCUUUAGGUAUUGGCUCUAUAGAUGUUGCAUUCAAAAUGAAAAGAAAAAGCAUGAGUGUUUCGAGAACUUUUGCUGCACUGCAUAAACCAGCCGAUCUUCGAAAAAAACUCCGCGAAUUGGCAAAACACUUAGAGAAAGAUCUCGCCAAGCAUAAUUUUGAAGGUUGUCAUAUCUCUUUGACGUUGAAAAUGACUUCCUUUAAAUUAUUGACGAGAGGAAGAUUGAUUAAAAAGUUCAUUUAUUCCGCUGAUGAUUUGUAUAAUUACGGAAAAGUGAUUUUAGACGCUCAUCUACCACUCAAUUUACGAUCCAUGGGAAUUCGUUUGACUCGUUUACGAUCUAGAGAUGAACCUUUAAAGCGGGGAAUAAAAAGAUAUUUUGAUUUACAAGAAGGAAUCAAGCCAAAAAGAUUACGUUCAGAUACCCAAUCCACCAGCAUUGAAGUUUUCAAGGAAAAUUUACCCAAUGUACUACUACUAACCGAAAAUACUGCAAGCUUACCACUUAGUCCUAUUAAAGGUUUGGACAACAUUAAAAUCUUUAAGGAUGAAAAUAAUAAUGUCAUUGGCGAACCAGGAUCUUCUUCGAUGGCCGCGUACCCUGAACACAAAGAAAUGAUUAAAAAACAUAAUGAUACAACAAUAGCACCACCAUCAUCCGAGAUCAACAAUAUUGAGAAAGAAAACCCGUCUUGGGAGUGUCCGAUUUGUGGCCAGGCAUUUGUUACGUUAUCUAAUUUACGCAUGAAUACUCAUUUGGAUUUUUGUUUGGGAAAAGAGAAGAGAAAGAAUUUAGGCAUAAGUAAUAGUAAAACGAAACGAAGGAAUGGAAACAAAUCAACGAGAGCACGAAAAAACGGUGAUAAUACACGAAACAUUUAA